CGAGGAACUCCCGCCAUGUUGAUUGGCGGCCAUAAUGUGUUUAUUCUGAAGGCAACGCUUUCGUCCUCAAAACAAGAAAAACACCAUUUGUGAGGCUACUACGGUUCUUGUCGGGUUGCUUCGGAAAUUUUGACGAUGAGACUGAAAAAGUGCUUGUGCGUGUCCACUUGUGUUGUGCGCAGUUAUGAGUCCGUGCGAUCAGCAAUGGAUGCGUGAAAAGGAGGAGGUGGUGGCAGCCAUGCUGGCGCUGGGGGGCGGGAGAGAGAGCACAUAGCAACCGAAGGGUAGUGCUGAUGGCUGACGCCAGGUUCCAGGCACCACGGCUGGGCCCUGGCGGAGCUCAUAAUGGAGUGCCUGGCACCGGAACCACUUCCCCGUCUCGACAUUGUGAGGAGCGUAUGUGCACAACGCAUCAUCGCCCGAGGGCUCGGAGCAACAGCAGCGUGAGCAGUGAGGCGAGCAGUGAUGCGUCGUCGUGUUCUUCUUCAUCCUCAUCGUCAUCCUCGUGUUCCUCCUCGUCCUCCAGCUCAUGCUCAUCAGCUAGCUGCUCAGAUGAAGAAAGCUCCCUUCCAGCUAACUGCGAGUUUGCCAUUGUACGCCAGCCCGAGCAGACGCACGAUCCACUCAAGCUUCGGAUUGCUGCUCGGCGUGUGUCAAAGGCUGAGGAUUCAACCUGCAUGACUGCGGUGGCUGGUGCGGGUGGUGGCGCGGCUAGUGGCUCAGCUGCGGUGCGGCUCCGUAUAAAGCAGCGCAAGAGCCGAAGGCGGAGACGUUCACGGAGCCCUAUGGAUGCAGGAGGGCUACGCCAGCCACGCUGCUCUUGCAUGGAGAAGAGAAAAGGAAAGGUGACAGAUCAAGAUCCUUCAACGUGUAGCUACACGUCUUCUUCUCGCAAGACAUCGCGGUCGUGCAGCAGCUCUCGCUCAUCAAGCAGCGGCUCAUCAAGCUCUGGCUCAAGCUCAAGCUCCGGUUCGAACUCUGGUUCUGGUUCUGGUUCAAGCUCAGGGUCGAGUUCAAGCUCAAGCAGUUCUUCGAGCUCAUCGGACUCUGAAAGCUCAUGCAGCGUGUCAGAUUAUUCAACCUGCCGCACGCCUCUCAAGCCUGGUGGAUAUCGUGCUUACCAGAGCAGUGAUACCGGUGUCUCGUCUCCACUUCAGUCAUGCACAAAAAAGGCAGAGUUGAAUGCUGCAGCGCCGGCCGGUCCAGAUGUGACGGGGAAUGCAGAAAAGCCAGCUUCCACAGCAAGUGACUGCAGCACAGUAAUAGGACAGCCCUUGCCUUAUCUGAACAUGGACGCAUCAGCAAAUGUUUCGCCUGACAGCGGGAUCCAGUCUUGUGGAGAAUCCCCACAGCGUGCGAGUUGCCAUGGUGACUCACCGCAUCGGGGUGGGUGUCGCGAAGAUUCACCUGCACAUGUUAUUUGUCAGGAUGAGGAAGCUGACAAAAAACACGUCACACAGGAGUUGCCAGAUGCCACUGCAUGCAGUGAUGCAGUGCUUUUGAACACCCCUGAAAGGCUACCUAGUGUUUCUCACUUGGAACAUUGCAAGUUACCUGAUGUGGUUAUGGUGCGAGACAUGAAGCAACAUGGGUCUGAAAGCAGACUCGAUGUUUUGACUGACAUCACAGAAACUGCCAAGAGCCCUUGUAACGUGGUGCUCAUCACAGACACUCCUGAGAACUCGCCGUUGAGGGCUUCAUCAGAACACGUUCCUAGCUUCUGUGAACGUUUCCCGGGAUCAGAACCUCGUGGGAGCAAGGUACAAAGGUAUGGCUUUUGCGAGUCACCAUCAGACAAGCGUCCGUUAGAACGAGUCUCUCCAUGUCGAACGUUGGAUGGAGAGGCCAGCGGGAAGACAGAGGUGCUGAAGAAUCCGACACCUCCACCUCCUCAACUUACGCCUCCUCGGUUGGAUUGUAUGGUUGUGGAGCCACAAAGUUCCAGCCACAGUCAAAGUGGUAAUGCCAGCACUGGUGAUGACAAGGAAGAAAGUAGCGGAGAAGGCCAGUGCCCUCCUGUCCUCUCUUGUUCCUUGAGCGGUCGGAAACGUGAUAGAAAGGUCAGCAGUAGAGAAAGAAAGAGUGUAGAGUCAGUCAUUGCUGUGUCACCACCACGGCUCAGAAGAAGGAAACGAGAUGGGGAUGAACAAGCAGCUGCGAAGAGUGCGCCAGCACAAGUGAGAGUGCUCAGGCCAUCUAGGAUGGGGAGGCCACCAUCAAGUAUUAGUACGAGGCCACUGCGGAGCACUACCUUAAGGACUGCUGUACGUAAUGGUGGAAAAGCUGAGUGUGGGGACCGUGAACUUCACCAGUUGGUGCAAAGGGUGCAUGACUCAAUCAGCACACAGUUUCAGGAAACGAUGGGCACCUCCAGUGACUUUGAAAUGAUAGUAGAGGGUGAGGAAGGUUCAGUCAAAAGAAAAAUUGCUGAACAACAGCUUAACAUGGCUGAAGAGGAACCCGGUGAAAUGAUGGCAGCCCCUUUGCCAUGUUCAGCUUUGUUGCCUGAAGAGGACAAGGAUGAAGCCUCUGUUCUUUCUGGGAAUGCAGAUGCUGAGAUCAGCAAGACUGAAGAAAAGCCACUGCCAGCCCGCAGAAGAGGGCGACCCAAGCUGAGUACUGCAAAAAAAUCAUCUGUAAAAAUGGAGAGGCCAGUGUUACGGCAUACACGGAGGGAAAGGCACGAGGACAGAGAUGCUAGGCUGGAUGUGUUGCAGCAAAGUACUAAGAGUGACUUGCCAGAUCUGAAACCAUUUACAGGUAACUCUGUGAAGGAGGAAGAUGCAUCAGAUAAAGGCAGGACUUGUGUUGAAAAUGUACCAGUGAAAACAACUUCUGAUGUAGUUGAGACAAGGAAAAACAGGACAAUUGCAAAAAAAGAAGGUGUUGAUGACUCUGUUGAUGUGGAUACAUUGCUCCGAGAGUGCAACAUUGAGGAGCAGACUCACUUGCUCCACAUGUACCAGCGAAAAUUGAAAAAGAAACGCUUUGUGCAGCAGCCAUUGCGACAUAACCGCAGUAACAGUUUGCGGAAGUCUGCACGCUUAGCAGCCACAAUGACCUCUGAGUCAGUUGAUGCCCUUGUUGAUGCACUUUCUUCCAUUUUCAUCUCAAAGCAGGCAUCAUUGCAUAUUGCCAACAUUGACGACAUACCCGCAAUUUUUAAGCCAGUAAAAUAUUUGCGUCCGAAGCGCACUUCUGAAAGGCCAUUGCGACAGAUAAGCAGUGCAAGUAAGGCCGAAGUUCGAAAGUUAGAAAAGGAGGAACCUAAGACAGUGCCUGGGAAGAAAGGAAAAGCAAAGAAGCAGGCACAGCCUCCUUCAGCAAUGCCCGAGUCACCUCCAGAUAUACUGGCACCACCUUCAGGAGACCGUUGCCUACCCCUCAAGAAGCGACAUUGUCUACUCAGCGAAGACAAGGCUCAAGAAUCAGGUAAGGAGCCUGCGGACAUAGUGGAAAAAAGCCAAAGCAAGCAUGCAUUUGUAGCUGCAGGCACUGCAGAUGCAAACAAGAAGAAUACAAGUAGUCCACCUGAAGCAAUGCCAAGCUUGCCAAACUUGCCACGCUCUGAAAUGCCUGUACUUACUAAAGCAGCAAAAAAGGCUAUGUACCCUAUUGUUUCAUUAGAACCUUUACCUCAGGAUGUCAGAGGACUGAAGAAAAAACCAGGACCUAAAGGUAGGAAACAGAAGUCACAUCAGAUUGGAAGGAGAAAGCCUUCAAAUGCAAGCAAUACUAACUCCCCGGUUGAUGACACUAUAGAGAGUUGCAUCCAAAAAUUCAAUGAGGCUCUUAACUCGGCCAAGCUGAAUGAAAAAUUACGGUCCAGAUCAAAGUCGCCAGUCAAGCUGAGUCACAGUUGCAGUUCAAGCAAUCAAAUGGAAGCUGAAAGUAAGCUAGUUUUGCUGCCUGAGGUCCAAUGUGAAUCCCUUGCUGAUCUCCUACUUAAGCGACAAUUUACACCUCAAGCAGAAAUACAGCCUGAACCUGAGACCCAUAACCAGGCCAAAUCCCAAACUACAUCCAAGACUGAAUCCCAGGCUGAAUGUGACAUUGCAUUGCAUACUGAAUUGCAGACUGAGUCCAAGACUGAAUCCAAGACUGAAUCCCAGACUGAAUGCCAGACUGAAUCCGACACUGCAUCCCAGACUCGGUCCCAGAUUGAACUGCAGACUGUAAUGCAGACUGAGCCCCACCCACAGUCUCUGCUUGAGCCUCUGUCUGACUCCCAGUCUGAGUCUCAGCCCGGGGCUCAGCCUGAGUCCCAUUCACAGUCCCAGCAUGAGUCCAAGCUUGAAUUUCAACCUGAAGACCAGCCUGAUACCCAACUGCCUUCUCAUCCAGUUGAUGAUGAUGAUGACAUUCCUCUGUCUGCUUUAGUUGCCCAGCAAGCAGAUGGAUGUGAUGACGAUGAAGCAGUGAUGUUUGUUGAAGAUGAUAGUGACCCUGAAAAUCCUUUGAAAAAGAUCUCUCUCCUCAAGCAAAAGCAACAGAAGUUGCUAAAAGCUGUUGAACGGGCACGUCGAUCAAAAGAACGUGUUAGCAAGGAUUUGCCACUUGAAGAUGAUUUGAUGGGCAAUAAGAAGCAUAGGAAACGAAAGAUGAGGAACAGGACUGGGUUCGUGAAGGUCAAGCGAAGAAGGGUCGCAUCGAAAAAGAGUCUUGUUACCACAUCUGCCUGCGACGAAACAGUGGACAGUGCUGUUGAUGAAGUUGAGGGGCUGGCAUCAGCUGAAGAGCUUCUUACCCGUGACAUUUCUGCAGCAGACAGCUCCAUUACAGGAGCUUGUGAGGGGCUUGACAGUGUUAUAGAAGUGCAUCAACACUCUGAAACAUUGCUUGAAGCCGAAGCUGGUGCCAAUACUGAGAGGGAAGCAAACUGCAAGGAUGAGUUUAAACCUGCCGCAGAAGCUGAAGGCAAAUCUGAGGAGACUAAUGACUGCACUGUUGAUGAAAAAGACAAGAUAAGCAGUGAUACUGAGAUAGAUGAGAAAUUUGAAGAAAAUAAGGAGCCUGGGUUAGACAAUUCUAACAAUUUGGAUAGCAAGCUCACUGUGGGAGCUGACAGUAAACUGAAGACAACUGCUAACAAGGAGAAAAGCAAUAGGGACAGCCAACCAGUAGGCGAAGAGACAGCCGGCAGUGAAGACAAAGGUGAUGACAAAGCAUGCAAAGAUAGAGUGACUGCUGCUGCUGAUUUGCCAAGAGUAGAGCUAUCUAAACACCCCAGCAAGCCUAAAACUUCCAGAAGGUCUAGAGGAAACAGAAGAAAAAGAGUUUUCAACCGAAAAUCGAGAGGAAAACAAAUUAAGAAUGAGCUGGCCUGUGGUGGUAAAGAGUCGGAAGCAGGGGUAGAUGCCACAAAGACAGAGCCCGAAAAUAUUGACAAAAAUUGGGAAACUGAAGAAAACCACGUACAAGAAACGUCUAAAAACACUGAGGUUAAAGUGCAAAGCAAAAGUUCUUUGCAGCAGAAAAAGAUGAAAAACAUCAACCUGAAAGCUGAAGAAAACCACAAGCAAGAAAAUUCUGAAGAUCUGGUGGAGGAAAAAAGGAAAAAUGAAGGUCCUUCACAGAAGAAAAAAAAUAAAAAUGUCAAUUUGAAGGCUGAAGACCACAAGCAAGAAAAUUCUGAAGAAGCUGAGGAAGUGAAAAAUGGAGCUGCUUUGCAGCAGAAAAAAGUAAAAAACAUCAACUUAAAGACUGACGACCAAAAGCAAGAAAAUUCUGAAGAUGUGGAAGAAAAGGUGAAAAAUGAAGGUCCUUCACAGCCAAAAAAAGUAAGGCCACGAAAGAAAGCCCUGAAGUCCUGUAAAGCCAAAAACAAGAAGUUGUUCCAGCAGGUGUCAAGCAAGCCUUGUACAAGUGCCAAGCCAAAUGACUUGGAGUCAACACAGGGCAAGUCUGUUGAGGACACUCCGCAAGAAAUACAGCGAGAAUUAUUAACAGAUGAUACACCUCAAGAAACGCAAGAGGAAUCUUUGCCAGUUGAUACGAUUGCUGAAUCUAUUGAAGCAGUUGUUGUAGCUGGUGCAAAGAGGAAGGUGGGACGACCAAUAAAAGCCAAGACCAGGGCAAGAAUGCUUGCAGCAGCAAAACGCAAGGCAAAGAUGCUGAAAGGUGCCCCAAAAAACAAGAAGAUCAAGCUAAAGAAGCAAUGUACACCACUCUUGGCACCUGCAUCAGAGAGUGAAUCAUCGGGCACAGUGCCCUCUGCAGUGUCAUCGUCCACGGCAUCCGGUUCAUCACUUUCCACUCUUUCGUCUGCUCCACCUGCAGGGCUGUGCCCAGUAAAUUCUAGUGGCAAACCACCAAAAAAGAAGUCCAAGAUGGACAGCACUUCAACCAAGGCUUCAUUAUCUAUGAGCAGUGAACCACAUGAAGAUGACACGCCUGUGGUGACAGUAACAAAGCCUUCGACUGGUGAUGGUGCACAUCGUACCCGGCGGCGGAGACGACGUGAACACCAGCUGCCAAAGAAGAAGUACCUGAAGGCAGGACUUUAUUCAAGCUGCUUUAAGGAAGAUGGAAGUUUGUCGAAGGAUGGUGUGGAGGUUGCAAGCACAGAGACUUCACUGCCAGAACAGCUCAGUACACUGAACCUAAACGCUGUUCUGUGUUGGGCAGCCUCACCCGAUGGCUUCCACCUAACCACCACCGACACUGUGCCCCCAGAGGAAAUGGUGGCCACCACCAUCAAAACAGAGCCUCUCUGUGAGACUACCAUGGAGGAAGAAGAGGAGAGUGGCCACACAGUGCCUGUGGAGGAAGAGAGAUGUGUGGGCUUGAUGCCAUCACCCAUUCACGCGGGCAAGUACCUGCGUCAGAAGCGAGCUGACUUCCAGCUUUCCUAUGACAUUUGGUGGCUUCACAAGAAUAAACAGCUUCUUUAUAGCUAUGACCCAGUGAACAACUACAAACGAAUUAAAUCAAAUGUGUAUGUUGAUGUUAAACCGGUGUCCAAAUAUGAGGUCCAGAGCUGUAACUGUGCCCGACCAAAGAUGAAAGUUGACAAGGGCUGUGGUGCGGACUGUCUUAACAGGAUGAUGUACGUGGAGUGCUCGCCAACGCUGUGCCCAUGUGGUGAGCAGUGUGGGAACCAGAAGAUUCAGAAACACGAUUGGAGCCCAGGUCUGGAGCGCUUCAUGACUCGUGACCGAGGCUGGGGAAUCCGAACUCGGGAGGCAAUCAAGGCCGGUGAAUUCAUUCUUGAAUAUGUGGGAGAAAUAGUGAGUGAACAAGAGUUUCGGCACCGUAUGGCUGAGCGCUACCGCAAUGAUGAACACCACUACUGCCUCAACCUGGACUCUGGCAUGGUCAUUGACGGCUAUCGCAUGGCCGGGGAAGGUCGCUUCGUCAACCACGCCUGCGACCCUAACUGCGAGAUGCAGAAGUGGUCCGUCAAUGGUUUCUAUCGUGUAGGCCUUUUUGCCCUAAAAGAUAUUCCAGGGAACACUGAGAUCUGCUAUGACUACAACUUCCACAACUUCAACAAUGAACGCCAGCAAGAGUGCAAGUGUGGGAGUGACAAGUGUCGAGGCUUCAUUGGGGGCAAAAGCCAGCGCCUCAAUCCGCAAGCUAAGGACAAGACCAAGGAAGGCACCAAGGGCACCUCAAGCCGUUCAGUUCGCAAGCAGCAGCGGGCGCGCCACCCGCUGCGCCGGAAGCGGGAGGUGAAGGCUGCUGCAACGGUAACAGAGCCCACAGUGACAGCUCGGCUGAGCCAGCUCCAGCUGAAGCCCCUCUCACACCAGCAACGCUGCUUUGUCCAGAAGCACCGCUGCUUCCUGUUGCGCAAUUAUGACCGUGCCAAGCGAUCCUGUGCCAGCAGGCCGUCGCGCGACCGGCAGUCGCAUGGAACUGGGUCUGACCUAGUGGCAGCAGGUGGCAAGAAGCAGUCUGCACACCCAGCUGGCCUGGGUGCACAUGUGGCUGCAUCCACCAGUGGAGUGGAGGAAGAAGAAGAGCGGGAGGAAGAGGCUUUCAGGACACAGUUCACUGCGCUCAAUACAUCACGGUCAGUGCGCACACGGCAACUGGCCCGUGCACAGGAGAACACCCAGCUGGCACGAACAGCACGUCUGGCACAGGUCUUCCGAGACAUCUGCAGCUCUGUGCUAGCCUGCAAAGAUGAGAACGGCAAGGUGCUGUCAACACCAUUUGUUAACCUGCCAUCAAAACGAAAGUGCCCGGACUACUUUGAGAAAAUCCACACACCAAUUGACCUCAACAACAUUGAGAAGAACAUCAUCACAGGGGAGUACAAGGACCUGGAGACUUUUGCAGCUGACUUCAAUCUUCUUUUUGACAAUGCUGAGCUGUACCACAAGGACAAUACGGACCUGAUGACAUCUGUAAGCAAGCUCAGGCGUUGUUACGAAGAAGCCAAGUACCUAGUAGUGCCCAUCCUGGAGGACAUUCUUGGAGAGCCGGUGCCGUCGCACUUCAGCACUUACUCAGCCAACCACGAAAAACCUGCGGAGGAGGAUGAGGAGGUGAUCCGGUGUGUCUGCAACAUCUUCAAGGAUGAAGGCCUAAUGAUCCAGUGCGAGAAGUGCUUUGUCUGGCAGCACUGCGACUGUAUGGGCGUAAAUGGUGACAUUGAGAACUACCUGUGUGAAUUGUGCAAUCCACGUGAAGUUUGUUUGGAAAUUCCCUUGGGACCUCUUGUGGCCAACGGUGGUAUCCAGUCUUACCUGACACUUCUUAAAGGGAACUUGCAAGUCAAACAGGGAGACUGUGUAUACCUGAGUAAAUUCAAAGACAAAAGCCCACUGAAGCCAGUGUCACAAGAGGCUCAAGGGGACAAGAACACAUCGAAAGUGACUGAGGAUGGUGGGGACACUGAUGGCACCAAAGCUGAAGAUGCAGCAGCAGAAGAAGGUGGAGGAAAAUCAACGCUUCUCAGAAACCUGCAUGGCAGCAACAGUCCCAGUUCAGAAGAGGGUGGAAGCCUUGACGUUUUCCGCGUGGAACGACUGUGGAAAAGCGAAAGAGGAGAGAAAUUCAUCUACGGGCACCACUACCUCAGGCCACACGAGACCUUUCAUGAGCCGACCCGCAAGUUCUACCACAAUGAGGUUCUACGUGUUCCCUUGUAUGAGAUCCUGCCUUUGGAAUGUGUCGCUGGAGCUUGCUGGGUGCUUGACCUGGCCACCUACUGCCGAGGUCGGCCACGGGGUGCAACGGAAAAAGAUGUCUACAUCUGCGAGUACCGUGUUGACAAGAGUGCCCGGCUUUUCUACAAGAUCAACAAGCCUCGGUUUCCUGUUUGCAUGAAAAGCUACGCCUUUGACACCUUUGACACAAAGCUUGCUCCAAAGAGAACAUACUCGCCUCGAAGCAAUCCUGUCGUGUACCAGAAACGCAGCCGAGCAAAGACAGCACAAGGGUUUCCUGAUGACCGGAGUGCUGACAGGGAAGUGAAAAAGGAGCGCCUUGACAAGGUGGUGCGUCGUCUGGUAGCAUCUGCCGCAGCGGAGGAGGAUACAGAACUGCCGCCAUCAUCCCAGCGGUAACUGCAGCAGGAUUGGUGCUCACGUCACAGUGUGUGCUUGCGAUGGUGCUGCCUGCACUGAAGCUGCCUCGUGAAGCAAGACUGAAUGCCGAGCCUCCUGCCGUGUAGUCACACGCAUCCGUGUGCCACACUAUUUGAGGUGUCCUCUGUGCCCCCCCAGAAACUGUAGAGGCAGGACCUCUGGAAGUGCACUGCAGGAAGUGUGUGUGUGUCUCCUCUUGUACAGCCAUUGUUGUUCAGCGCUUCAUGCAUCCCACCUCGACGUUUGUAUGCAUCAUGUGGCCCAUCAUGCAUUUCAUCAGGGAGCCACUGUUCACCACCAACUGUCCCCUGCCUUUUUUCCUUUGCCAAAUGAUGUUGACUUCCUGGAGCAGCAAAUAUGGAUUGCUAUGUUUCUUAUAGUUUUUUUUUCCCUUUUUUUUUGCACGCACCCUUUUGAUUUAUGCACUGCUGCACAUUUGCCUAUGCCUGCAAUGUGCAUGUCAUAGCUGCCAUAGAAUUUUCUUGUUGCUUUUUUAUUCUCGAAAAGAAAGUACAAAACCGAUGUAAAUUGAAGAGGACCUAAUACUGGGCAGCUUUCAGCAUUGUUUUGCAGGUGAACAGCCGCAUCAUUUUGGGAACUGUUUCUUUAGUCAGCUUGUGUAGCACAAAUGUGUUCCCACAUUUUACAAGAUUGAGCUUGUCUGCAGCCAGAUUAGGGCAAUAAUGCUAAGUGAUUUGUGCGCUGUGUUUGAGAGACGUGUGAUUACAGUGCUGCAACCACAUUGCAUUUUUAAUGAGGUGAUGGCACAAGCUUUCUUUUCUUUCUGCCCCAGUGAGUCUCGCUCUUUUAGGUUGUGGGUCAUUUGUUGUAGACCUGACACUGGCCUUUGAUGUAGGUUGGCUACAUUAUCGUCAUUAUUGAUAGGCCAAGGCAAAGGUACCUCAUGCAAAGCAUUGAGGUCUACGUGUCGAGGCUUCCGUUAUUUAUUUAUAUGUGACAUGUCACUUUUGUUGGCUUGCAUUGUUUUAGUACCUAGUGGUUGCACUUUACACAUUUCUCUUUCAUUGUGCCUAGCUCUUCUGCACUCCUCCCUGCCUCCUUUUGUGUUGUACGCAUUUCUUCAACUGUCACAUUUUCUUCCCCCUACUAUAAAAACGAACUCUGUAGCACGAAGCUACAAAGGAAACCCAUGACGGUUUCUAAGAAAGAGCAUCACAGUUAAAUAAUUUCUCUUGGUCCAGGGAUAGAACCCGGGACCAACGGCCUGUCGCUCUACCAUCUGAGCUAACAAGGAGGCUAGCAGAUCGCAGAGCGAGGCCGAAUUAAUUGACAACUUGAAGCAGAGGGACACUGAUUUACUAUGAGGGGGUAAAACUUGGUAAAUACAAAAAUCCACAUAGUUCAUUUUGCACCUUUUUAAUCAAUUUUUCAUGUUGCAAUCGUUGCAGGAAAGGGCACCCAUCACGGUUUCUUAAAAUAUUUCUUAAUUGUGUUGCGCCAUACCUUGGAUUUUAGUUUUCGAGAAUGUAAACGCCAGCCACUUCAAGUCAUUGUAUAUAAAUACUCAGUGAUUUUAAAGAAAACAGAAAUGGAUUUCUGAAGUGUGUUUUGGUUGUUUUAUUGCUCUAAUGGUAUAUUGCACCUCGAGUGCACAGUCUUGGGAAUACACCAUUUCCGUUCUUCAUAUGGUUGCAAACCAUUGUCUGUACAUAACAGAAGCUUUUGCUCUGUUCACAUUGACAGGAUCAGCAUGUUUCAUCUUUUUUUUCUCUGGUGUUAAGCCAUGUCUUCAUGUAUUAAACGUUAUUUUUGACAAAAACCA